AUGUCGUCCAACGCCGCUUCUGCUCCCUCGCCGUUCGAUCAACAAGCGUUCGACUCACAGCCGUUGGAUUCGCAGCCGUACGCUACGCAGCCACAGACGCGUCCGCCGACGGGGCUCCGUAGAGACAGGCACAGCCGGAGCCACAGCAACCUGCCGAGCUUCUCCUCUUCCCUCUCCUCCGCGCCUGACGUCGCCACGCGCGCCGCGGAGAAUCGAAGAAAUCUUUCGGAAGAGCAGUUAGAGGCGGAUUACCAGGACGCAUCGAAAGUAAAUUAUUCCCAGCAGAGUAGUGACGCUUAUGCGCCGCAGACGGAUGGCGGUAUGCCCGGACGGCGAGUUAGGGUUUCGAGCCACAGCGUGGGGCACAUGGGGGAGAUGGCGUCUGCAUCUCGCGUGCCUCCCCGCGCGCCGGGACCAGGUCGGGGGAGUCCCAUGAGCGCCCUUAGCAAGGAUCGUCGCAGGCCGAUUUCGUACGACUCGCAUCAGUUCGCGGCGUCAGGCGACCUCACGAAUGGCACCCACGUCGCCGGUUUCGUUGGCGGCGGUAACCAGCUGAGUGCUGCGGGGGCUCGGCAUCCAUCGAGUGGGAGCAGCGGACAUGGCAGGGGCGGCGGGGGCGGUAGGGCAGCGGGAGGGGUGGGCGGGCGCGGGGACGGGGCGGGGGGACAGGGCGAGACGAACCAGCAGCACAGGCGGAUGGUGAGUGUGGACGAGAUGAUUCGAGCAUCACGGGAGCAGCGGCGAGCCAAGGCGGCAGCGGUGCACACGGCAGCAGCAGGCCCGUCCGCCGUGGACUUCUACCUGGGCUUCGAGGACGUGCCCCGCCACCUCCUGCACCACGCCCUCGCUGCCGGCACCAUGGGCGCACGGGGAGGGGUGGGGGCAGCGGGAGGCAUGGGUGCUACAGGCGGCAUGGCAGGCGGCGGAGGGGCAGCAGGGAGAGGAGGGGUGGGUGGCACGGACAGGGUGGGGGAGGGCGGUAGCGGCAGUAGCAGCAAUUGGGCCAGGGAGGAGAUGGGGCACGUGAGAGCGGACGGGCAGGGGGCCGAGAGGCGAGGGAUUGGGGUAGGCGGAGCGGAGGGGGCAGGGGCAGCAGUGAGGGGGGGAAGGGGGCGGAGGCAGGCUAGUGCGUGUGAGGUGGGCCUGCGAGCCAUGGGAGGGGGAUUGGGGUAUGGGGAGGGCUAUAGGAGAUCGAGGCUGGGCAGUGGGCAGGAGAGAGGUGCGGCAGGUGGGCAAGGCCUGGCAGCAGCUGCUGCCACUGCUGACGGUCCGGUAGAGUGUGGCAGUGGGGAGGAGGAGGAGGAGCAGGUGCCAACGCCGCAUCCCAAGCGCAUGAUAGAGCAGCUGGAACAGCUGGAGCCAUGCACAGGCCUCACCCAGGGGCAGCAGCAGCACCACCACCCAUCCCAAAACAGACCGCUUCAAAGCAACCUCCCCCAGAAGGACCUCCCCCAGCAGCAGGUGGAGCAGCAGCAGGGUUUGGCGAUGGUAUUGCGGGACGAGCCGAUGGGGCAGCUGGCGCCCAUAACGGACCACAUCCUGCGCAUGCCCUAUGAGGACGUGCGCGCUCGCUACUCCCUGGGCAAGCACGAGAUCGGCGCCGGGCGCUUUGGGUCCAUCCGCACGUGCCUGGAGCGCGCGACUGGACGGGUGUUUGCGUGCAAGACCAUCGACAAGAAGAGCAUCACUUGCAUGGAGGACGCGGAAGACGUGCGGAGGGAGGUGGCGUUCCUGGCGCGGCUGCAGGGCCACCCGCACAUCGUGAACCUGCAGAGCGUCAUGGAGGACCACCAGGUGGGGCAUGGAGGACCACCAGGUGUGGUGUGGACCACCAGGUGUGGUGUGGACCACCAGGUGUGGUGUGGACCACCAGGUGGGGCGUGGAGGACCAGCAGGUGGGGCGUGGGUGGGGCUCAGGACCAGCAGGUGUUGUGUGGGAGCAUGGGUGGUGGGAGCAUGGGUGGUGGGAGCAUGGGUGGUGGGAGCAUGGGUGGUGGAAGCAUGGGUGGUGGAAGCAUGCGUGGUGGCAACACACUCUCAUUCGGGUCAUCACAGAGCUGUGUGCUCUCUCUGCCAACUCUCGCUCCCCCGCCUCUUCAACACCCCACUCCGCCCAUCCCCGUGCUCUCCUGUCUCACCCCACCUCGCCCCCACGUCUUCCCCUCCGCGUGCGCGCAGAGCAUCCGUGUGAUAAUGGAGCUGUGUGCGGGUGGGGACCUGUUUGACUGCAUCAAGGCACGCGGGCAGCUGUCGGAGCGCACGGCCGCGCUGGUGCUCAAGGCGCUGAUGGGCGCGUUGAUGCACUGCCACGCGCACGGCAUCCUGCACCGCGACGUGAAGCCCGAGAACAUCCUCAUGGCUGACCGCAACGAUGACAGCAAGGGCAUCAAGCUCAUCGACUUUGGCGUCGCCACCAGCCUCCAGCAAGCGGACCCGUGUUCUGAGGUGGCAGGCACGCCAGAGUACAUGGCGCCGGAGGUGCUGGAUGCAGUGUAUGGUGUGGAGGCAGACAUCUGGAGCGCGGGGGUGGUGCUCUAUGUCAUCUUGUCGGGCGUGCCGCCCUUCUGGGCGUCAACGAAUCGCACGUUGGAGGAGGCGAUCCGGCGCAAGAAGGUGGACUUCAAGUACUUCAAGUGGGCGGGCGUGUCGGACGACGUCAAGGAGCUCAUCAUGCGCAUGCUCAAGAAGAACCCGCGCUCUCGAAUCACCGCGGAACAAGUGCUCAACCCAUCAGGCAAAUGUGGUCCUUUUCUGCAACCUGUCCCUUCAGCACUAAUAGAGCAGCUUUUGCUCGGCAUCAGCUCCGCUUCCCUGCUGAGCAGAGAAUAUGAUGCUACCAGGCUGGUGCAGGCCUGUCAAGCCGACAAAACUAUGUAG